GAAAAGAAGCAAAAAAUUUCUCCAAAGACAAUCAACUACACGUUAUGCAUCCCAACUAGUAUCAUAAGUAGAUCCAAUGCUAAAAAUUUACAACAAGCUACAGGGAUAUUGUAUCAAAUUGCUAAAGUCGCCACUAUAUAUAAUGUUGGAGAAAUAAUAAAGUUUGAUGAUAUAGAUUCUAAUGCUAAAAAAGAAGCAGAAUUGAAAAAUCAAGUUAGUGAAGAUGCUAUGUUAAUUGCAACUAUUUUACAAUAUUUCGUUACACCACCAUAUCUAACGAAAACUUUAUUCAAAACAAAAUUUUUCAAAAAUUUCCAAUAUGCUAAAACUUUUCCUAAACUAACAACAUUACCAUUCAUGAGUGAUGAAGUUGAAUCUAAAUAUCGUGAAGGGCUGACUGUAACAAUGGGUAAAUCCUCUAAACCAUUAACCAAGAAUAAAAAAUCUCAACCAUUAAAGAAUACAAAAUAUGUUAAUAUUGGGUACGAUAAAUAUCUAGAAUUAUCAGGACAACAAGUUCCAACAAAUGUUAGAGUUACAGUUGAUACAGAGACCAAGAAAGUUGUUUCACCAUUAGAAGCUUAUCAAGAUCAAGUUGGUGCCAAAUCUUCAUAUGGUUAUCAUGUCAGAAUUGCAAAGACUUUUACAUCAAUCUUUACAGGAUCUAGUUAUCCAGAUGGUUAUUCACAGAGUAUUUAUGUGAAUAGUGGUGAUUAUUUCCAUCAUCAUAAGGAUGUUGAGCUAAAAGAGAUUGGAUCUAUUGAUACUUCAAAAGAAUCAAAUUUGUUAUUAGUUAUUGGGAAAUGGAAUGAUGUUGAAUAUUCAUUUAGUCAAGAUGCUAAAAAUUUGGAAGGUGUCAGUAAUGCUAAAGAGUUUUUCGAUGGACAAGUUAAAAUACCCUCAGGUACAAAAGUUGAAGACGGAUCAAUGAUUGCAUUGACUAAACUUGUGAAUAUAUAA